AUGGGACACGUUGAUCAUGGAAAAACUAGUUUACUUGAUUCAUUACGAAACAGCGAUAUUGUAUCGGGAGAAUUUGGUGGCAUAACCCAACACAUUGGAGCAUUUGUUGUCCCUGUCUCCAAAACAUUGAGUGUCACAUUUAUCGAUACACCUGGUCAUUUAGCCUUUGCUGAAAUGAGAGCACGUGGUGCUCAAGUAACCGACAUUGUUGUUCUAGUUGUAGCUGCUGAUGAUGGCGUGAUGCCUCAAACACUUGAAUGUAUAGAACAUGCUAACAGAGCGAAAGUACCAAUUAUUGUUGCUAUCAAUAAAAUUGAUAAAGCUGACGCUAACAUUAAACGUACGGAGCAGAUGUUGGCCGAAUAUGGCGUUCAAUUAGAAUCAAUUGGUGGUGACGUAAUUGGUGUUCCAAUUUCUGCGCUAAAGAGCAUUAAUAUUGAUAAAUUAUUAGAAGCGAUACUGACUGUAGCCGAACUUCAAGACUUAAAAGGCGAUCCAGGCGGACCUGUUGAAGGUACUAUAUUGGAAUCCAGAAACGACACGACUGGCGAGCAGGAUGAUGUUAAUGAAAACAUCGAUAACAAGGGAAAUGUAGCAACUGUUCUUGUUCAACGUGGUUCAUUGAAAAAAGGAACGAUACUUGUUGCCGGAAAAAGUGUAGUACGGGUUCGUGCAUUAUAUAAUGAAAAGGGUAAUCAAGUAGAGAAAGCAUCCUUAUCAAUACCGGUGGUAGUGUCAGGAUGGAAAACAUUGCCAUGUGCUGGCGAUGAAGCUUUUGAAGUUGAAAGUGAAAAUUUUGCUAAUCGACUUGUAGCAGUAAAAAAAAACGAGGAAUUAGCAAAGAAAAUGGAACAAGACUCUGUAGCUGUUUCACAAAAACAUGACGAGCAUCUGAAGAAAUAUAGAGAAGAUUUGGAGCGUCGUCGUGCAACGGGUACAAUAUUUCGAAAACGAGCACGUGGAUCUGGUCAACAAAUUGAAGACAAAGAAAAAAAAUUAAGAUACACAAUUCUACUAAAAUCUGAUGUGUAUGGCACUCUAGAAGCUCUAAUGAAUAUAAUUAAUAAAUAUCGUGAUAUGAGAUGUCCGUUAGAUAUUGUUAAUACAGGAGUAGGACCCAUUAAUGAUGAAGAUCUGGAAGAAGCGAGCUUGUUCGGAGCCACUAUCUACGCAUUUAACACUGAAGUGUCACACGUAAUGGAAAUGAACGCUCAGAAAAUGAAAAUACCUCUAAAAAAAUUUAAUGUUAUUUAUCAUAUGUUAAACGAUAUUAAAGAUGAAUUAACAAAACGAAUUCCGGUAGUCGACGUCGAUGAUGUUUCGGGUACAGCAGAUGUAUUAGCCAUAUUUGAUAUAACGGAAAAAAAUAAAAAAAUUCCAGUAGCCGGUUGUCGUGUAACAGAUGGAAAUUUAGAGAAAAAAUUAUUAUUCAAAUUAGUUAGAAAUGGCGAAGUUAUACACAGAGAUACCAUAUCAACCUUGAAACAUUUUAAAACUGAUGUUCAAUCGAUUAAAAAAGGCCAAGAAUGUGGUUUAUCAUUUACAAAUCAUGAAAUCAAAUUCCAGAAGGGAGAUCAGAUUGUUUGUUAUACAAUCAGGCAAGUUGCUCAGGAAGCUAAAUGGGACUUUGGAUUUUAA